AAUUUUGAGGUUAAUUUAGGGGUUCAGAAACCCUGGAGUUGAUGACAUAUGAACUCCCAAGGACAAAGUGGAACACGACGAUUUUUUGUUGUGUAUGUGAGAGUUUGCCCAAGAAGCAAGAAGAGAAUGUAGUUUUGGUUUCGUAAUCGAAGCUCGGAGUAAAUCACUUCCGAUAAAAGUGCGUAUCAACGAACUUACGAAUUAUCCGUUUUAUCGCAAAUUGCUGAUUAUCAGUGCAAGUGCUUCGAUAUUUGAUGACAUAUAAAAGAUAGGUUAUCUGUCCAUGUCUUCGGAAAGGAUUUGUUAAAAUAAUAAUUAAAGCAAUGAGUGUCAACAUUAUGACUAGAAAUAAUUAUAAUAAUAACAGUUUAUUUAUUAUACAAGGUUUGUAUUAAGUGGAACGCAGUUUGCGUUAUGAUCAAAAAUAAUUUUGUGGACAAAGGCGUCAGAGCGUUAUGCGUCAAUCAAUAUCCGAUUAGUUUAUUAUUAUCACAUUACGAUUUUCUCUUUCCAUUAUAAUGGCUUAUCAGCUGGGCGAUAAUAAUGACUUGCUAUCACCUGACAUCUAUUUCAAAGAAGUCCAGACUUCCGUGGGUGUCGUAAAAACUCUAGUUCGAUACGCGCGAUAAAAAAACAGGGGUGUUGGAUUAGCGACCGAAGUAGUGAGAACUCAACGAUCAUGGCAAACAAAUGGAGAAUUUUCUCACUCCUUAUGUGGAAGAAUUUGUUAGUUCGAAAAAAAAAUUGGAAAAUUGGAUUGUUCGUACAAAUUUGCCUACCGAUUGCUUUGUUUGCACUGACACAAUUAACGAGAGAUUUGUCGGCAAAAACCCCUGAGCGAAUAAAGAAUGACACGUAUUAUUCAGUUCAAACGAAGGAGGAACUCUUACAUCAAAUGCAGCAGAGUGAUACACUUUUGUUUGUACCGAAAAAUAAUUUCACCGAGGAUAUAAUGGAAAAAACUCGAAUGUGUCUUGGACUUCGUGCAGAGCAUGUAGUAGGGUUUUCUUAUGAGGAAGACUUGUUGCAAAGGUAUGCCUUGCAAAAGGUUGUCGAUCCUACUAACAUGAUUCUAGCCGUCGUUUUUAAAGAUCCAAAGGGAUUCAACUCAACUUCAAAGCGCCUAGACUAUAUAAUUAAGUCUGAUUUAAUUCCGAAAUUCCCGUUCACAUCUCCAAUUGAUAUGAUCAAUGGAGUCAAAGCUUUUGUUGAAAGCUAUCCGUUUGUGCAAGUGCAGAUGUGUCUCGAUGAAGCUUUCAUAGACAUGAAAGCACCAAAUUCUUCAUACAAAAGCGAAAUCUCAAUACAGCAAAUGCCUUAUCCUCCACACAUUAAAGUAGACGAUAACGACGAAGUGAUAAGGACGAUGUACUCAAUGACUGCAGUUAUGGCAUUUUUAAUUCCACUCUGCAUAGAGGCGACCUUUGCAGCAAACGAGAAAUUCAUAGGAGUGAAUAUCCUAAUGUCGCUAAAUGGCGUUAAGAAUUAUCAAAACUUGCUAAGUUGGCUCGUGAGCGGAUUGCUGUUCAGUAUUCUUUACAUCACGCCGCUUUUAAUAUUAUUCACGAACGCUUUCGUGUCGGAAGUCGAGGCUUAUUUAUAUUAUGGAAACGUUUUCAUUGUCUUUAUAAUGCUCCUUGUUCAUGUUGCUCAUUUAAUAGCUUUCGGGAUGCAUAUCGCUUCCUAUUUUUCAAAAUCACUCUUCAUGAUCUCUGGAAUUCUCGCAAUAUAUGUCGGAUCAUCGGUGUUGCAAAGAUUUAUCGUAAAGAGUACAGUUUUCAGUUUGAUACCAUACUUGGGAAUAUUUUUCCCAAAUUAUCUCGUAUUUAGAACGUUUCAGGAAAUAAACGUUUAUGAGAAAAGAUUGAUUGGAGUUCGAUGGAGUAAUUUAUUCGAGGUUGGGGAUGAGGAUUAUUCAGGUGAAGGAAGUUUGGGGGGCAUGUUUUUCUUUUCGAUUCUAGGAACUCUGCUUCACUUUUUCCUGACCCUGUAUGCUUACUCGGUCUUCCCUGGAAAAUAUGGAGUCGCAAAGAAUCCAUUAUACUUUUUACAGAGACAGAAAAUGAACAGAGUUUCUUCGGAAGAGGAAUUGUACGAUUGUGAUUACAAUAAUAUGGAGGGGAAACCUUUUGAACCGGUACCUAAAGACGUUUAUACACCGGGCAUUCAGAUACGGAAUUUGAAAAAAUCUUAUGUCACGAAUUUUCUGAGUCGCGCUAAACACCAGGCGCUUCGUGGAAUUUCGAUAGACUUUUAUAAAGGGCAGAUAACAGCAUUACUGGGUCACAAUGGAGCAGGAAAAACCACAAUGAUGUCAAUUUUAACCGGUUUGCUGAGUCCCACCGAAGGAAUGGUUCUUAUAAAUGGAAAGAAAGCUGGUGAUGAAAUGGAUGAAAUUGUAAACGAUCUGGGUCUUUGUCCUCAAGAAGAUAUGCUUUUCCCCGAUCUGAAUGUCUUUGAACAAAUCGAAUUUUUCGGCUUAUUAAAGAAUAAAAACAAAACAAAGGCUCAAGUAAGAGACGACGUUAAUCUACUGCUGAAUAAUCUAAAAUUAUCACCAAAAAGAAAUGUAGUACCGGCCAAACUUUCGGGAGGUCAAAAAAGAAGAGUCUGUCUCGGAAUGGCAAUAAUCGGCGAUGCCUCGACUCUGAUAUUGGAUGAACCCACUUCUGGGAUGGAUCCUGAAAGCAGGAGAGAUACUUGGGACAUUUUAUUGAAAAUGCGAGGACAGAAAACAAUUCUCAUUAGUACACACAACAUGGAAGAAGCUGAUAUCCUAGGAGACAGAACAGCCAUAAUUCAUUUGGGACGAUUAAAAAGCUAUGGAACUCCAAUGUUUCUCAAGAAACUCUACGGUCAAGGAAAUAUCGAAGUGACACUAUCGACCGAAAAAGGAUACGAUCUUGAGAAAAUAAGAAGCCAACUAACUGAAGGAAGCCAAUUGAUAAAUUUAGACGGUGGAAAAAUGGUUUUUAGUGUACCUUACACGAGUCAAUUGCCAGAUGAUUUGGACAAAAUUGAAGAGAAGAAAAAGGAUCUUGGUGUGAAUGGCAUCAGCGUUUCGCUCAUAACUUUAGAACAAGUCUUCCUCAAAGCGACGAAAGAAGAUGAAGACGAAGUUGAUUCCUGCAGACAAAAUAUGCAAGAUAUAGAAAAAGUACAAGGACAAAAGCUUCUUCUGCAGUCAACAAUCGCUCUCUUCUUAAAGAAAUUCACAUACACUCGAAAGAAUUUGCUCACUCUUUUCUUAACUCUCUUUCUUCCUUUGAUAAGCAUUCUUUUGAUUGCACUCGAUUACAAGGCCGUGCGUGAUGCAAGUCCCGAGGUUCCUAUCAGACUCGACAAAUACAGAUCUGCACAAGCAUUUUAUUCCUCGAAUGAUGAUAGCUUUGGAAAUUCCUAUAAGAGGGUUGUCAAGCAUUUUAAUGGUGCGGCAGUAAAUGUCGAAGCAAAUAACAUUUCCACAGAAAUGCUUGAUCUUGCGAAAAGGGACUUGGCGAUUUUUCGGAACAAUUUAAUUGCCGCAGCUUCUUUGAAAGUCGACGAAUCAAAGACAGUACACGCGAAUGCUUUUUACUCUGAAACAGCUUCUUUCAGUAUUCCUAUUUCGGUUAAUAUCAUGAUGAACACGCUGAUUAAAGCAAUAGCUGGCGAAGAAUAUGAAAUUAAUUUGUCGAGCCAGAAAUUUCCGAGCGCUUUCAAAAGCAAGGAGAUUGCCGAAUCUCAAGACGACACUUUCGGCAGAGUUUUGCUUUUGAUUGUCUUUUUGUAUCCAACUAUCGCUUUGUACGUUAUUCAUCCACUGAGAGAAACCUCUUCUGGAAUCAAACAACUUCAGAGAAUGACUGGAGUUCCAAGCUGGUUAUACUGGGGAACUUUCUUCCUCUUUGAUUUUUAUGUCUACAUUAUCUCGAUGAUUUUUAUUCUUAUUGGAUUUUAUACUGUCGAUUCCAUUCUGGAUAUUCGAAUGUUUCGUGGAACUGAACUGGGCGUUAUGACAUUGUUGCUUCUACUAUUUGCCAUGAAUACAUUGCCCGUUGUCUACAUAUUCAGUUUCCUGAAGAAGUCAACGAGCACCGUUAUAACUAUGUUGAGUCUUUUGCCUCUUGGAGCCAUUGCAAUGGAAUUGAUUCUGGUCGUCUUGAUGCAAAACAUAACUGACAAUAAAAUCGUUGACAUUAUCAGAGGGAUUCAGAAAAGGGCUUUCCUGCUGAUACCUUACAUAAGUUUCUUCCAUGGCCAAUUCAGCUUUUUCGAUACUGCAGGCAGAAAUGCUGUGUGUCGACGAAUGUCAAAGCAUCUUUUGGAUAUUGCUUGUCUCGCUCAGAACCCUUGUUGCGAUCUCGACUGCGUUGAUGGAACAUGUAAAAAUUCUCUCCCCUACUUCGGUAACUUCAAGGGAGACGUAAACCUUGAAGAAAGUGUUUUAUAUUUGAGUCUCACGCCUCUGAUAUUUUUUGCGAUCCUUGGAUUACUCGAGCAUAAAAUAAUACCUUUCUUGCUUAUGAGAAUACAGAAAAAUGAGCCAAAGUAUAGUGUCGAAGAUAUGGACGAUCAAGUGAAGAAAGAGAAAUUCUCUGUGGCGUUUGAACUUAGUAAAUUGAAAACGCAGAGUGACCCUGCAAAGAUGCAAGGCAGCAGGGAAAAGAUGAACGAGAGCAACAUGAUGGCAAAUUCCGAAGUAGAUACAGACACUAUUUAUUUGGUUUACGAACUCAGCAAAUCUUACGGGCCUUUAGCUGCUGUUAAAGAAAUCAGUUUCUCGGUCAAAAAAAGCGAAUGCUUCGGAUUACUGGGAGUAAAUGGUGCUGGAAAAAGCACCACUUUCAGAAUGCUGACUGGAGAGGAAUUUCCUAAUAGUGGAGCUAUGUUUUUGGGUGGAAAGGAAAUUUAUACAAACAGAAACGAGUACUUGAGCCAGAUGGGAUACUGCCCUCAAAAUUCGGCUUUAAUCACUUCGCUGAAUGCCAGAGAUCAUUUGAGAUUAUUCGCACUUCUUCGAGGCGUUCCUAGGAGUCAAUUAGAUUCAGAAGUUGAGAUAUGGGUCAACAGAUUAAAUCUGAAUCUUUGUGCGGCUCAACCAAGUGGUGCUUACAGUGGAGGAAAUAAAAGGCGUCUCAAUAUUGCGAUUGCCCUUAUUGGUAAUCCUAAUCUCGUUUUGUUGGAUGAGCCUACGACAGGCGUCGAUCCUGCCGCUCGCAGGUCUCUUUGGCAUGUAAUUAAAUCUUGCCAAUUGACGGGACAAUCCAUUAUACUUACUUCUCACAGCAUGGAAGAAUGCGAAGCUCUUUGCAAUCGGCUAGUCAUUAUGGUAAGAGGGCAGUUGGUUUGCAUCGGCCCAAGUCAACAAUUGAAGCAACGUUUCGGUGCUGGUUACGACAUAAAUAUCAAACUAAAUCCAGAAAGAUCCGAAACUGAUGUAGAAAAUAUCAAGAAGGAUAUGGAAAAUUCUCUUGAUUGUGAACUUCGUGAUGAGCACAUUGGUUACAUGACAUAUCACGUUACUAAUUCCAAAACGACAUGGAAGAAAAUGUACGGCGUGAUGGACAUUUUGAGAGAGAAGUACAGUUGUAUCGAAGACUUUACAGUAUUAUCAGCAACAUUGGAACAAUUAUUCUUGCAGUUUGCCAGAGCGGGUGUAAAUAACAGUAUUAUUGUUUGAUUUUCUAAUCACCAAUUACCAAAUGAAAUGUCUCUGAUAGCAGCUAAUUAGUGCAACGAGAAAUUUACAUUCUGUCACUUAUUGAGACCAUAUUUUUAUUUUAUUUUGGGGGUAUUAUUUAUCAUUGUUUUUAGUGCGAAUUUUUGUUUAUCUUGAAAAGAAUUUAUAUAAAUUAAUAGAAGCGUGAAGAACAGUUUAUUAAUUUAUGGGCUUAAAACUUGGUAAAAGUUAGUUUAAGAGAUAAUCGUUUUAUAAAUACGUAUUUUUAAAAUACGUAAUGGAUGAAAACUGCCCGCCUCUUUUGAACUAUACCUGGAUUAUCAAAAAAUUGUAAAUGUGUUUUGCACAGAUAUUUUGUUUCAAAAUUAAAAAGAAAGGGAAUUAAAAUACUACUGAGGGAUAAGAGAGAAAACGUACUUUAAACACAUGGACUGUUUUUUUGUAAAUAUAAAAUACUCUCGCUUUUUCGAUAGCGACAUAAACAAUAUUUGGAAGAGUAAAAAAAUUCAAGCUACAGUAGCUAAUCAUAAACUACGUCUCGGAAUUUUUCACUUUUUCCAUCCCAUACUACUUUUGCAGAACGAGUUCUUAUGGAAAUAUGUAAUUUCACC